AUGGAUACCGUUCUCGGCGACGAGGCGAGGACUGCAAGUCAGACUCCAGGUUCGAGCCCGCCCACCAUCGGGCCCCAAGAUUGUCAAACCUGUACCAAAAGAAGAAUUCGUUGUGAUCGAUCACUCCCAAAAUGCAUCAAGUGCUCGAAGAAGGGACUAGUUUGUCCCGGCUACGGCCCUCGAUUGAGAUGGGCCAAUGGUAUAGCCGUUCGUGGACACCUCAAGGGGCGAACCACGCCACACAUAGGCAAACCGCCGCCUAAACCUAGCAGCACUGCUUCCAAGGACUCGACCUCUCCCAAGUCCGUCAAAUCUCCGGAGCAGAACAACAAUCCUCAAACUGCCUCGGUCGUGGAUCCUCUAGAAGCCACCUUUCCUGGGUUUCCUGACCCUACCACCAGGACGCGACUACUGGAGCAUUAUGACAAACAGAUUGCGGGCUUGAUGGUGUGGAUAGACUCCGAGAAGAACGAGUACCGCCGCCUGGUCCUACCCUUGGCCGAUCAGCAGCCGGUGCUUCUCCUCGCCAUUCUGGCCAUCUCUGCCCAGCACCUCGCUGUCACCACGGGCAAGGAGAUGAGCUUUCCAGCUCGCGCGCGUGAUGCAGCCGUCGCCAUGAUCUCACAACAGAUUCAGAAGGUGACCGGCCAGUUGGCCGCAGGCUAUGACCUGGGGAGUCAAAUAGACCCAGAUACCGCCGUUUGGAUGCUUGCCUCAAUGCUCACUCUGGCUAACUAUGAAAUGACAGAGACAGAGACUGGUGCAGCGGCGGCAGACUGGCAUCGGCAGGCUGCUAGGACGUUGGUGAAUGCCCUCGCAACAACAAAGCGUGAUAACAGCCCUCUGUUUCAUUUUCUCCGUAACCAGCUCGCCAUAUACGACAUUUUGACCUGCACCACGAUUUUCGGACCUUUGAGCACUGUCGAGGUGAUCCUUCCGGCACCCGAUCAUUCCAAUUUGAUCUUUUCCGAAUUCCUCUCCCUCUUGCACAAAGUGACAGUAUGGUCACGAGAGCGGCAUGAAAAAGAGUCAUCUGGAAAUUUCAACUUCGCCGAUCUCCCAAUAACCUCUGCUGAUGCACGCGCAGGGUUCGAGCAGGCCCGAGGGUCUACUCUAAUGGCAGCCGGUGUCCUCGAACUUCCGCGAGACGCAAGGCGUCGGGAUUUUGUACGGAUCGUCGACAUAUACCACCAUGCCGCACUCCUUUACACUUACAGAGUCCUCUUCCAUUGCCAGGUGGAACCGGUCGAGGUCAAUGCCUCCACUAUGGUCUUGUUUGAAAGGUUGAAUCAGCUUGAAGACAAACGGUCAUGCCUGCAAAACUUGCCGUGGCCGGUGUUUAUUGCAGGCACCGAAUGCUGUGAUGAUCUGGAGCGCCAGGUGUUUGUAGCAAGAAUGUACGCCGACAUUGCUCAAGAUAUGGGAUUCAAGUACUACCUUGGAAUCCUUCGCUUUUUGCAAGAUCUGUGGUCAAACAAGGACACCACUUGGACCGAGUUGGCGCGCCAUUACGAAGCAAGCGGAAAGAAAAUCGUUGCUGUUUGA